UCCUAAGACCUUUUGAAAACAACCGUCCAUAAGGCUUGUAAUACUAAAGCAGGUAGAUUGGGAGGCAUUCACGGACUGAAAUGGGGAUGUAGUAUUUUUGCAAGUGGGAAACAGCUGUGAAAAGCUGCCGCAGCCUCCCUCGAAAAAAGGGAUGUGCUGAAGGGAAUGGGGCCGUCUAUCAAAGUGCACGACGCCUCAGCGUGCCUGCAGGUGGUAGAAAUGCCUGACCUCAAAAUGUGGCCGUCUAACUAUGUAUAGUCUUGGCCACCCGUGCUAGGAAGCCGUGCGACUGCAAUGCAAGGCUUCUGCAGCAGCGCCAGAGUGACUAAUGGGAGAACCAGAUGUUGAGAGUACAGUGUGUGCAAGCUGGGUGCGCAAGCCUGGGUCCUGCAGCAGAUGUGGAACGACCUGCGGAGAUGACCAGCUUAUCCUAGCUCCCUGGAAGGAGGGGUUAGGCUUUUACUGCUACACGCUACCUCUCUGCUGUGCUCUGCCCAAUUCCUUAUGCCGCUGGAAAUGCUCUAGAGUUGUUAAUGAGGUUUUGAAUUCUUCCCUGCCUGACUCACUACUUCGGACUAUAAUCUCCAUGGAGAGAGUGACUUAUUCUAGGCAUUCCUUCCUGGGCGAGGGAAAGUGGCCCAGUGCACUGGGAACUGGGGCUUCCUAGUUGCGUUUCCAGCUCCGCCAGUGAGUCAGUCUGUGGCUGUGGGCAAAUCCUUUCCCAUUCCCCACCAGGCAAGGAUGCUAGAGAGGAGGGCCGUGAGAUUAAUUUGUGCUUCUGUUGAGUGCGUUGAGAUUCCUACAUCAAAGAAGCUAGAGAAAUGUUGGAGACAACCCUUUCUCCUCCCUGUUAGAUUUGUAUUUACAACUUGCUUCUUGUAGGCUGACUUGACUUGAGAAAAAGGACAGGAGGCUUGUGAUGGGUCAGUGGAUAGGUCAAGUCUGAGAGAAGUCCAGAUAUCUGUAGCAGCCAAGGGUUGGACUAUAGAUGGAGACUAGAGGUAGUAUGAAUCCAGAACUUUUGAUUGUCUGAUUCUUCUCUCUGACUUUCUAGUGCCCUCCCAAUGUAGUAUUUUUAGUGAUUGCAUUUCCAUUAAGUUUUUAGUUUUCUACAAAAAGAAACCUCUGCUGAUGGCCUCAGUAUGGCUGUUGGCAGAAUUUAAAGAUUGUUUGGGGGUUUUUUUAAAUACCCUUUGGGCAACUUCAGUUGUGUAGUGUCUGGUCAAGUUUAUGAAUGAGAGUUCCAUUUAUUAGGCUUCUGUAAUGCAGUUUCUCUGUCCUCUCCAUUAUUCCCCUUCCUUCAAUCCCAAAACAGCAGUUCACCGUUUGGCUACAGGAUGUGGCUUGUUCCUGAGCCUUCCGUUGUGGGGCUGGGAGUAUUUGUAUAGGACCCUUGGGGAGAUGUCUCAGUCAGUUGAGAAGUUAGGAUCUCAGCCAAGGAGAUGGAAGUAGUUUGGAACCUCCCCCCCCCAAGUUCAGCAUUGGGCUCUGACUCCAAGCUGGUAUGUGUAUUUUAGAAAAUAUUUAAAGAAUAUCAGCCACCUGCUGUACUGUGUAUUGGUUUAUUUUGAGCUCUGAUUUGGAACCGUCACUGUAUUAUCUGGUGGCUUUGUAAGAUUUAAAAUGAGCUUUUAAAAUUAAAACCUGGAUUGUGCAGCAGAGACCCUUUUUGUUCUUUAUUUGUACAGCACCUGCCACAGUGAGGUCCUGGCCAGUGACUGGGGCUCCUUGGUGCUAUGAGAAGAUAUAGAAGUCAUGUUAGCAAGGGGGACCAAACGUCUCUCCUCCUGUUUCCCCAAGUCUUAGCAGCCAGAUAAGAAACUAGGAUUUAACUGGUUUGGAAGUGCUGCCUUUUUUUUUUGCAGUUCAUUCUGGAAGUGGCUACACUAGUACUUUUCUCAGGAGUGAAUGCCAGGGGCCAGGCCUGCUACCAAGAAGGACCUGCUAGGAUUAGUGCUAGGCUUACUUUUGAAACCUCAGGUUCUGGUGUUUUGUGGUUAAUGUAGAUGUGGCAUAUUGGAAAUGAAAUGAUGUUUGCAGCUGAUAAUCUCCACUGGCAUCGUGGUCCCACAGUAACAAUUACUACCAGUUCUUCCCUGCAGUGUUUGUUUAAGUUGGUUUUCCUUGUUCUCCCUGAUGGCCCUCAUUUCCUUUGCUGCUGCUGUUUGAAUGGUACAUGGUAGGUCUGUAGGUUAAUCCUUAGAUAUGAAGGGCUGAUUUAUCAUGGGAUUGCUCAAAUGUGGUGAAAGUAGCAUGCUUUUCUAGCAUCUUCAUUGGUGGGCCCUCUCAGGUAGAGAAGUGUUAUCAUAAUCAUCUCCAUCUUGCAGAUGUGGGGAGUGUGACAUUUGCCAGAAUCUUUGUGUCCUUGGGUGAAGCAGCCAACAUUUUGACUGAGCCCUGUACUUAACCCUACUCCUGCCCAGCCCUUUAGCAUUCUCUCACGAGGUUGCUCAUCUCAAACUUCUGCACUGCAGAUCUCCAUGCCUUGUCCUUCUCCACCCAUGACAAAAUGACUGGAUCCCUGAUGGCCUUUUUUUAACAGGGGCAGUAACAACUUUGAAUUUUUGCUAACUUGCAACAGAUUGAUAUUAAGGAUAUUGGAGGUUGGGAUAUCAUCCUGAGAGUGGUGAUUUCCUUGUGGGGGAUUUCUCUUGCAGCAAAAUACCCUCCAUUGUCCUUGGAUUUGCCUUUCUCUCUGAAGAGCAAGGGUAUGGUGAAUCGUGAGGGAUUAAAAUCCUUCAGCAGGAUAGAGCUGUUUGUUUACCAGGGAAUGAAACUCCAGUUGGUUCUCUUAACUGGUGCAUGUAAAUUGAAAAUAGUGAGUCACACCUCAUCUGAGUGUCCUAUUGUCUGCAUAAUUUCCAUGGAGUAGGGGUUUAUUUAAGAUAUCAGUGUGCAAUAAACAAUUCAGUUUUUGCUGUUCAAAUGAUAUUGAUUAGUUUCAGCUUGUGAUCUACGAGGUGUGCAUAUGAGGCUUGUGAUGUACCAGAGGUACAAAUAAUCCAAAUGCCGCUGGUAAGAAUUUAUGAUUUCUGUUUGCUGCACCAUACAACUUCAUGGGCAACAGGAAGGUUUGGGAUCACAUUUUUCUUGGUUGCUUCAUAUGAUUCAUGCUGUAUUAUCUUAGCACAAAAGGUAUUUUCUGUGCUGCAGUGUGUAACUGGAUCUUGCUUCACUUUAAAGUUAAGCUUUGUGGUUGACCAUGAAUGCUAGUGGCCCCGGAUAUCCAUUAGCCUCUCUUUAUGUGGGAGAUCUACAUCCAGAUGUGACAGAAGCCAUGUUAUACGAGAAGUUCUCACCUGCUGGGCCGAUAAUGUCCAUCAGAGUUUGUCGGGAUGUUGCCACACGCCGAUCGCUGGGCUAUGCCUACAUAAAUUUUCAGCAGCCUGCAGAUGCUGAGCGAGCCUUGGACACCAUGAAUUUUGAAGUCAUCAAAGGUCGCCCAAUUCGAAUCAUGUGGUCCCAGCGAGACCCGGGUCUCAGGAAAUCGGGGGUUGGGAACGUCUUUAUCAAGAAUCUGGAUGACUCCAUUGACAACAAAGCCUUAUACGACACAUUCUCAGCCUUUGGGAAUAUCCUUUCUUGCAAGGUGGUUUGUGAUGAAAAUGGAUCACGUGGUUACGGCUUUGUUCACUUUGAGACUCACGAGGCAGCAAAUCGGGCCAUUGAAACCAUGAACGGGAUGCUGCUCAAUGACCGCAAGGUCUUUGUUGGUCACUUUAAGUCCCGCAAAGAGCGUGAGGCUGAAUUUGGGGCUAGAGCAAUGGAAUUUACCAAUGUUUAUAUAAAAAAUUUUGGAGAUGACAUGGAUGACGACAAGCUGCGGGAAGUAUUCUCCAGGUUUGGGAAGACGCUAAGUGUCAAAGUUAUGAUGGAUGAUUCUGGCCACUCAAAAGGCUUUGGGUUUGUCAAUUUUGAGAAGCACGAGGAAGCCCAGAAGGCUGUGGCAGACAUGAAUGGGAAGGAAAUCAAUGGCCGGAUGGUGUACGUUGGCCGAGCUCAGAAGAGGCUGGAGCGUCAGAGUGAACUGAAGCGUAAAUUUGAACAGAUCAAGCAGGAAAGAGCAAGCAGGUACCAGGGGGUAAACUUGUAUGUGAAGAACCUGGACGAUGGUAUCGAUGAUGAGCGACUAAGGAAGGAGUUCUCUCCAUAUGGUACCAUUACUAGUGCCAAGGUGAUGACAGAAGGUGGACACAGCAAAGGGUUUGGCUUUGUAUGUUUUUCCUCCCCAGAAGAGGCUACCAAGGCCGUGACAGAAAUGAAUGGGCGGAUUGUCAGCACCAAGCCUUUGUAUGUUGCCCUUGCUCAAAGGAAGGAAGAAAGGAAAGCAAUUCUCACCAACCAGUAUAUGCAGAGGUUGGCUACCAUGCGGACCCUGCCUGGCCCUCUCCUUGGCUCCUUCCAGCCACCUACAGGGUACUUCCUGCCUCCCAUCCCACAGCCACAAACCAGAGCUACUUUCUACAGUCCCAGCCCAGUUGCCUCAGUCCGUCCUGCUGCUCGCUGGAGUGCACAGCCCUCCAGGCCUCCCCCCUUCCCAUCAGCUACCCCGAUCCUGAGGACCACAGCUCCACCCAGGCGCCUGUUGUCCAACAUCAGCACCAUGAGGCAGGCCUCAACCCAAGUGCCCCGAGUGCCACCACAGACCCAGAGAGUGGCUAACAUAGGGACCCAGACAGUCAGCGUUCGAGCACUCCCCACAGCUUCCCUGCCCCGGAGCACUUCACAGUACAAGUACUCCUCCGCAGUGCGGAACGUCCAGCCAGUGGGAAGUGUGAUGCCUAUGCCAGUACAGCAGGGUGGAGAACCUGCCGUUCAUGUCCAGGGGCAGGAGCCACUGACAGCAUCUAUGUUGGCUGCAGCCCCUCCUCAGGAGCAGAAGCAAAUGAUAGGUGAACGCCUCUAUCCCCUCAUUCAUGCAAUGCACACCUCGCUUGCUGGAAAGAUCACAGGGAUGCUGCUAGAGAUUGAUAAUUCUGAGCUGCUGCUGCUGCUGGAAUCGCCAGAAUCCCUCCGCUCCAAGAUUGAGGAAGCGGUUGCAGUGCUCCAAGCACACCAAGCUACUGAGUCGACACAUAAGAGUGGCACUGCCACGUUCCUUCAAUGAGAUGCAGAAGAGUGAAAUAUGAAAGACGCGCUCUUUUCCACUCUGAGCAACACCUGUCUCUGAAGAAAAAACAGCAACCUUGUGUAUCACCAUGUCCAGCUGAAGCGUGUGUUCUACACACAGUGACUCUGACUUGCAUUAAGGCCCAGUCCUAUUGCAUUACCUUUUCUUGGUGCAUUUAAAAACUCUGCAAAAUGAUUUUUUUUUUCCCCAGAAAUGAACUGCACUUGUGUAACAGUUGCCCAUGUGAGCUCUCUUUUUGCAACCCUAGCAGCUGGGAGCAUGUUGUGAAAACGUAACAUGGGGAAUAUGCAAUAGAAUGGAAAACUCUCCUCUUUAAUGGUGAGGAGAGAAACACAAUUGGUUCAGUUGUAGCAUUUCAGGAGGUGACAAGUACUGACAAUUCACCAUUUUUACUAAGUUCACUGGGUUCUGUAAUUUUAUUUGUUCUUGUAGUUGACACGAUAAAGAGUUGCUUUUUCCACCCUCACCUUGUACUAGUCACUGUCUUUCUUCUUAAAAAAAAAAAAAAAAUACUGCUUCAUCUGCAAAACUUGCUGUCCAAGUAUAAGUCACAAAGAUUAUCCUUAUGCUCCAGAGGGUCAAGGAUGGAGUUGGAGGCCUGAGAACUUACUAGGGACAGAAAAUAGAGUGAAUAGUCAAUGUACAGAGCUAGCAGGAGAUUACCUCAAGGUUCUGUAAUGGCUCUCAUGUAUUUAUACGUUAAAAAGAAACUUAAGAAAGUGAGGACAGCAGCAAAGUAGCCAAUUUUGCAGAGGUGUUAAACAAGAACUAAGAGGAGCAAGGAACUUCAGACAGAUGUAACUGAAGUAUGUGAAUGGGCAACACAAUUGUAUUUGUUCUCGUGGAAUUUCUGUUGGAAUGGAAAGUGUUAUCCCACUCUAUUUUACCAGGCAGUAAGCUAGCUAGGCCUGGUAGUUAGGCCAUAGACGUGUUGUUGCAGACCGCUCCAAUGAAGACUUCUACUUUAUGUGUAGUUGCAAUCAAACGAGCAAACUCAUGCCAGGAAGCCUUAUGCGUAGCUGGUAGCCUAUAAGGAAGGUUGCCCGAUUACAUCUAAGACCUUGUGUUUGAUGGCUAAAACUUUCUGAAACCAAUCACUUUAAAUUCUAAAAUGUUUGGCAUCUGCCUCAAGCUGAAUUUUGCCUAUAGGAAAAAAUAUGACUGAUAUUUGUAAACUGAUAAAUAAGGGACUGUAUUAAAGUUGCCUAGGUCUCCUGAACUGUGGCAUUUUCUGAGUAUUUAAAUGUAGCACUGAUGUUCCUUUAAUAUUCUUGACUUUGGCUGUAAGAGAUCACGGGUGCAGGCUCAGCUGGAGUAAUUUGCAGUACUUACGUAGUUGGAUAGCGCAGGGGUAUUUGGAGAAAGACCACUAUUAAUGGUGGAACUGGAAAAAUACUAUUAGGAGUGACAAGAUUAGGAUUAAGAGAUGAACACAGACUGAAGCCUGUAACAUGAAUUUGGUUGGGGGGCAGGAAAGUAGAGUGGCAGCUUCUUGAUCAUUUGCUUUCUCUCUCCUCCCUCCUUUUUCCCUCCAAUCCCCUUCUAUCACAGGGAAUAGUUUUUUAUAUAAAUAUUUCCAUGCUGAAAUACGAGGUGGGCACUGGGCAGCAUGACUAAGUGAUACACAGUGAUGGUCCUAUAUUAAUUAGGCCACAGUUAAUGGCCACAUGCUGUAGAAUGCAGUGAUAGCAUUUUACUUUGUUGUCCUGAAAUACUCUUCCACAUGGCUCAGCUGGAAACACUGACACAAGUCCUCAGUGAAUGCUUCUGAGUAAUGGUGGCAGUGUGUGGGAGUGUUUAUUUGCUGACCUAAUUCUGCUUCCUGGGCCUCUUUUCCAAAGCUGUUCAGGUAGCUUGGCUCAAAUUUCUCCCUGCAGUAUGUAAUGAGGAAGGGGGGAGAAUGUCACCAGCUUCAGCAUUUUAAUUCCUUGAGCCUUAGUGCUGUUUUGCUACUGAGGAAGUCCAGCUACUCAAUCUAAACUCUUUGAUCCCUAAGCACUAGCUGUUGGGCUCCAUGUGAAGCAGAGGAACCAUGGACUCUUAAUUCACUUUUCCUCUCUGGCUUUCAGCCCAACCAGGACCCAGCAGUGCAUAGAAACAAAACCAGAUUCUGAUGUUCUGCAGCAUGGUGGUAGUGUCCAAUACUGUAGUUAUGGAGCCAUAGCUCUCACACUUUUUGGAGCUGUUCUUUCAGACAGUAUGUACGAUGGCUGCAGGGAACCUCAAACAUAAUGUUGAGAAAUUAUUUUAAAAUGAGAGAAAGUACUGAAGCACUGUGAAAUGCACAGAUCUCUGCUUACAGCUCGGAUGGGAUAGCAGGAGCUGCUCUAUGUCAAGACUGUGAUGUCUAUGCAAAUACUAUUCCAGCCUCACAAGAGCAUUUUCUAAUUCCUGAAUGUAGUCCAAGUAGUGACAAACAGAACCCAAACCCUGACCCUAUCUGAGAAGAAGUGAUAAUUCCACACUGACCCAGCAAAGGUUUAGGACUACAAAUGAAGAUAUUCCAGCUACAGUUUACAUUACAUCUGUACAUUCUGUCUAUAUCCUGAUAUAAAUAAACCAAUUUCUGUUUAGUGUAUCUCACCUUUCUCUAGUUUGGUAAUCUUGGUACUAAACACUAUACAGCUGCAAAGCUUCACUUAUUAAGUAAUAUAACUGUCUUCAAUAGGCUGGGCAUAAGCUAGAACUUUGGCAGUAUUUUCAUUGUUGUAUAAAUGAUGGAUUUCAGACUGUGGCUCUGUGUAAUCAGGCAAAUGAAUAAAAUAGUGCUUUUUA